AUGAUCAAUCCAGUAUACAAGAAUGGAUUCAAAUACGGAUACAGAGUAUCUCUCCUAGUGGCGUCAUGGAUCCCCGUGAUGAUUGUCUUGAAUGAACAUGUUUGUUAUGUGGGAAAGAUUGAAGGUUCAUCAAUGAGACCAACUUUAAACCCAACCUCAAAAUUACAAGAUUGGGUAUUAUUAUGGAAAUGGGGGGUUAGAGACUAUAACGGAUUGAAAGUGAAUGAUGUGAUAUUGUUUAGAUCUCCAACUAAUCCUGAAAAAGUGUUGUGUAAAAGGGUUAAAGGUGUACAAGGUGAUACUAUAUUAACAAGAUAUCCUUAUCCAAGAGAACAAUGCCACAUUCCAAGAAAUCAUUUGUGGGUCGAAGGUGAUAAUUUACAUUCAAUAGAUAGUAAUACUUUUGGUCCAAUAAGUACUGGUUUAGUUAUUGGAACUGCUACAAGAAUUAUAUUCCCCUUCACAAGAUGGAUGGAAAUACCCAAUGGUGGUAGAGAAGCUAGAAUUUCCAAGAUUGAGGCAUUUGAAUAA